GAAGGUGUAACUUGUUUAUAGACUCUGCUCUUUGUCCAUUUCUGACAGCAGCAAAGAAUUCAUAUUACGGCCUCGAAAAAUAAUUUAAAUUAACACAUUUCCCUCCUUUUCUGAAAGACAUUAACUCAUUUAAGAUCAUUAUAAAAACGUGUUAUAAAACUUGAAUGUAAAUGUGAGUUUAUUUUGAAGGUGUGUUGAUGGCAACGUUGAAGGCUUUUAUUUUGUAGGCUCAGGCAGGAAGUAGUGCGCUCAUCUGCGCAGCUUGACGUCACGCGGGGAGCGAAUCCAACGUCUCCAGCGUCAGGUCCGCGCACCAGGUUGCCCUAGCAACUCGCAGGAUGGACCAAUCAGACGGAGGCAGCGACACCACCUCCCCCGGAGCAGGGAGGCGGAGGGAGGGGGGCCACAGAUCCGUCAGUUCUUCCUCCCCAGUCCGGAGUCCAGGAGCCGAACUGAACCGUUUUACCUUCGUGCGUAAAAGCGCGGUGUGUCCUGUGCGCGCGGCCGGCACAGUAACCCCGUCAUUUGGUGGCUCACGCUGGACAGUUGUAGUUCUCCGGGACCCGGUCUGCACCGGGUGACCAAACUGUUUGUUGCAUGUAAACACGCAGAGGCUCCGUAGUGGAUCGUGGAGGGACUUUAACCGUCGCGGAUUUAUUUCGGCGGACUUUACGCGUCUCUCUCUCCCGGCUUGUCGCUCUGGACCGGGCUGUUGGAGGAGGGGAGGGGAGGGGGAGUUCGGCUCCGUGCUGCCGAAUCUCAUCUCAUGAUGGGACACGGCGGCUGUCGUCCGGCGCGAGGAUGAGCCACAGAAGCAGCCCGGUGAGGGCGUACGACUUCCUGCUCAAGUUCCUGCUGGUGGGAGACAGCGAUGUCGGGAAGGGCGAGAUCCUGGCGAGCCUGCAGGACGGAGCCUCCGAGUCCCCGUACGGAUACAACAUGGGAAUCGACUACAAGACGACCACCAUCCUUCUGGACGGGAGGAGAGUCAAGCUGCAGCUCUGGGACACGUCUGGCCAGGGACGAUUCUGCACUAUCUUCAGGUCCUAUUCCAGAGGAGCACAGGGAGUCAUUCUGGUGUACGACAUCACCAACCGCUGGUCCUUUGAUGGAAUCGACAGGUGGAUCAAAGAGAUAGACGAGCAUGCCCCGGGGGUGCCCAAGAUCCUCGUCGGGAACCGUCUCCACCUGGCCUACAAGCGUCAGGUGACCACGGAGCAGGCGCAGGUGUACGCGGAGAAGCUGGGCGUCACCUUCUUCGAGGUCAGCCCGCUGUGUAACUUCAACGUCACCGAGUCGUUCACGGAGCUGGCUCGCAUCGUCCUGAUGAGGCACGGCAUGGAGCGACUGUGGCGACCCAACAAAGUGCUGAGUCUUCAGGAUCUCUGCUGUCGCUCCAUCGUCUCCUGCACUCCGGUCCACCUGGUCGAUAAGCUCCCCCUCCCGCUGGCUCUCAAGUCCCACCUGAAGUCCUUCUCCAUGGCCAACGGCCUCAACACCCGCAUGAUGCACGGGCGCUCCUACUCCGUCACCGCCAACCCCGCCGCUCUCCACGCCGCCACCAAGAGGACCGGAGGGGCGCUGAUGAAAAAACCCAAACUGAUUCGGCCGCCGCCUCUCAGCCCGUCUGCACAGAGCUGCAGAAACAGCUGCAAAAUAUCCUAACGGACAGGACGUGUCCGUGAACGCACCAUCGCCCGUUGUCAACAUAUAGGGAAUCAUGAGUCUUUUGUUUUCUGAAACCUGAGAAGAUGGCGGCGACCCGCUUCCUCCAAACACCUGCCACUGCGAUGAACGAGCAGGAGAGACGGAGGAAGUGGAAACGUCAGCGGUUUGACUCUCAGGAACGCAGAGAGCCGCUGUUAACUAGCCUCGACUCGACGGCGUGUUUUCUCACGGACGCCUUCUUUCGUUAGCCCUUCGGCUCUCUGACCAUAUUCACGGAGAAACGACGCCCGACCCGCCGCUGUACUGGGCAGAAACAUCCCAACACCUCGUUUCAUUUCAGCAUCUUAUGAAGGACAGUAUAAUUCAAUGUAAAGUUUCCAGCUUUACAUAAAGGGGGGUUGUGUAUGCACGGGCUGUGUCCGAAAUCGUCACCCAGUCCGUCCCCGCUCGCCGUCCAGGGCGUCCUGUGUGGAAGACUAAACACUGAGCUCAUCGGCUACAUGAGAAAACACUAAAAAAACACUCCUCGGGUCAUUUUCUCGUCGUCUUUCUUUCAGCGCACUGCGUGAUGGUACAUACCGCUUGGUUAGUGACCAUCGGUUGAACGCUACUUUUCACGAUGCAUUCUGGGAUACUUUGAGUCCGCUAUACAUUCAGACAGCACUACAAAAUGGCGACCUCACUAUAGUGAGCAGUGAGUGAUUUCGGACACAGCCACGGUCAAAUAUGGCUCUCAAAGCUAGCUACCAUGCUAAGUGUCAGUUAGCAAGCUAGUUAGCAACAGGACAAUAAGUGUCCACAGUGUAUUAAAGCAGUGUCGGCAUGAUGUCUCCUAACUGUGAGUGAACCAGGUCUGUGUUGUGGAGCAGGAUGUUAGCAUCAUAGCUAAUAAGCUACCAUAGCUUCCUCCAUUUUGGACUCUCCGGCUCUCCGUCCAAUCAGAGCUCAGCUUUAUCAAGAUGGCUUGUCAUUGGUCAACGGUGUGAAUUCACGGGUCGGAUUUCACCGAAGUUGAACUCGUCACGAAUAUUUGAUUCACUUUGCCCCUCCCCCCCCGCGAGCGAAUCCGAUCAUUGCGUCGCUUCUAUUCAGAUUAAUUUAUUUUGCCGUGAAAUUUCUACGCUUUAGAUUCUGGCGUGACUGUAAAAGAGCUGGAUUUAGGUCACAUGUUCUUUACUCCGUCUCAUACUGGACCCAGACUUUUUGAAUCCACAUGUUGUGUGAGGCAGGAUCAGGUUUCAGCCACUAAGUAAUAAAACAGCUCCAGUAAGACUCUGAUAGCGUGCCUGUGGCUAAAACACGCGUUAUUAUAUUAUAAUUAGUUGUUUUAUCUUUGUUUAAAGUAACGAGGUAUUCAGAUUUUAUCGUCAGCACAGCAGUAAAUACUCCAAACCUCAAUAUCAAGUUUUAGCUUUUCCACAAAGACAAAUGACAGAAACCGUCUCCGAGCAGUGAACGCCAACCGAGACGGGACGGGACGGGGAGGAGACUUUGGAUCUCUGUACAUAACCGGCUGAAAGUCGAGCUUUCUCUGAAAUGUGCUGCUUUUGAAAAACUUGCUGAUGAACUUUAUAUGGACAAAACAUUCAUCUGAAACGCUGUUUAAAACAAAAUAGCUGUUUGGUGACGUUUGUUGCAUUUCUGGGUCUGUUUUGUUGUUUUUGUUUUCCUUUAUCUCGUGGAUAACUGUCCCAUCGCAGAGGAAGUGACAUCGUGUCCACAUCGACGGUGUCCACAGGAAGGAGCGAGGACGACUUCUUUUUUUUAAACCGGUGUUCAUCAGUUCACCAGUGCGACAGACUGGUCGAUUGGCCAAAUCUGAGAUUUGGAGAAUAAAGUUGAAAUAUUUUUAGCAAAAGGCGUAAUGCUGUGACGAAAAAAAGGCGUAAACUUUUGAGAAUAAAAUCCAAAAUUGUACGAGAAAAAGUCACAGUUUGAGAAAUAAAAGCAAAAUUAAAAAGGUGAAAUAUUACGACUAAAAACUUUACGUGUACAGAAUAUAUGGACAGUCAGGAAAUACUAAAACAAACACAUCCACCCGAUUCAAUCGUAACGUACGACAUGUCGUGAGACAUUAAGUCAGUAUUAUGAGACUGUAACGAAGUCACAUACUUGAUUGGUAUCUCAUAACGUCGACUUACUCUCAUGUUGCAAAAGUUACAACUAUGUUGUCAGAAUAUCCCUGCGGCCGUACUAACGGAAAGCAGGGCUUUUUAAACUGCUCUUUGACUAUGAGCAGCGUGUUUUUGACUCUCGUCUUAAGGAAUCACAAACCGGAGAAGCCGAAUGACGAAAUACCUGCAGGGAGGAAGGCGGCGAUUCUCACAGACUGAUCUGAUUAUUGACGUUUAACCGCAGGGGGAUUUUUCCUCUGACGAGUUGUUGCGUUCACGGUCGUGCGGCUUCUUCUUCAGGAUGUUUUCUACAACGCCGACACGUAUAUCUGUACAGACAAGCACUUUGGACACUGUAUUUUUGCACAACGUACUGAAAUCCACGAUAAGACUUAAAUCUGCGUGUCUGAUAUAAACCUCGCUCCUCUUCUUCUUCUUCUUCAUGUACAAUAUUUGUACGUAUUGUAAAUAUGACUGUUUGAUACAAUGAUAACUGAUAACUUGUGGGGUUUGUAUCUGUUUUCAGUGUAAAGUGACGUUAUAUUUUUCCCGAGUAACACCAAAGACUCACCUGCCGCUGCCGGAGGAGGUCGCGGAACAGAAAGGUGUGUUUUUGCACUGUUUAUCAAUGUUUAAUAAGAUGCACCUUUACAAUAAACGUUGCCCACCGUGA